CAGCAGCAAAAUAACAGCAACAAUCCUGAAGGCAAGAGAAAACAGGAUCCAAGUUACAUUUUAGUAGGGAGAUUCACAUUUGUCUCUAAUGAUUUACUUUAUUUUUGUCCCUGAAUAAAAGUUCCUAAGCUUUAUUUACUUUGAUGUUUCCCAGUUUGUUCAGCAAUGACCUUCACAGGCUUCUUCUUAUGAGAUUAACGCUUGUUUUACAGUGAAAAGGACAGAGUAUCUCCAGCCUGCCAAAUGCUGGUUGGUCAGCUGCUGCUACUGUUGUAAUUCAGUUCACAUGAGCGCUCGGUUGGACCUAUUUCAGUCAGCACGAGCUGCAGUCCCAUGUCUGAAAUCUGCUUUUUCAUACCAGGCUAUCCACCCUGCCCGCGCUCCCACCCCCCAUCUCUCUGUCAGAUGCGUCAGUCCAGUCCUCUUCCUUUUGUUUGGCCUUCUCUUUUUUUUAUUCUGUUGGUUUUGAAACUUCAGGGAAGCUAAACCUGAAUCAGAACGUUGACGGUUGAAGCUGACAUGACCUCAGAGAAAGAGAGUAACGGACUCGACAACUAUGCCUUUGCACUGGAAGGACGUUUCUGUAAUCUACCUGAAAAAGGAGAGGACCUCGACUCCUCAAUUGAUGAAAACACUAACAAACUUGCAUACUGCAUAACAGAUGUCCCCCCUUGGUACCUCUGCAUCCUCUUAGGCACUCAGCACUGUUUAACUGCAUUUGGCGGCAUCAUCGCCAUCCCCUUGAUCCUGUCUCAGGGCCUCUGUCUGCAGCACGACAGCCUCACACAAAGCUACCUCAUCAGCACAAUCUUCUUUGUUUCUGGAAUCUGCACCUUGAUGCAGGUUACCUUUGGCAUCAGACUGCCCAUUCUUCAAGGUGGCACAUUCACACUGUUGGCUCCCUCCAUGGCCAUGCUGUCCAUGCCUGAAUUCACAUGUCCUGCUUGGACCCAAAACGCCAGCUCAGUCAACUCCUCUUCCCCAGAGUUCAUAGAAGUAUGGCAAAGUCGAAUGAGAGCUCUGCAGGGCUCCAUUAUUGUGGGCUCACUCUUCCAGGUGUUAGUUGGAUUUUCAGGCCUCAUCGGCCUCUUCAUGCGCUUCAUUGGACCCCUCACCAUUGCUCCCACUAUCGCUCUUAUUGGUCUGUCACUGUUUGAUUCAGCUGGUAGCAGUGCUGGCAACCACUGGGGCAUCUCUUCAAUGACCGCCGCACUGAUAAUCCUGUUUUCACAGUAUCUCCGUCACAUAGCUGUGCCCUUUCCUACAUACAGCAAGGAUAAAAAGCUUCACACUUCUCGAGUCUACAUCUUUCAGAUUCUCCCUGUCCUACUGGGAAUCACAGUUUCUUGGCUCAUUUGCUACAUCUUGACAACGUGUAAUGUACUUCCUGCUGAACCAGGACAGUAUGGUUAUCUCGCACGAACAGAUCUGAAAGGAGAAGUAAUAAGCCAAGCUCCCUGGUUUACGUUCCCAUAUCCAGGACAAUGGGGAAAGCCGACUGUGAGCCUGGCAGGGGUGGUUGGGAUCUUGGCCGGAGUAAUUUCCUCUAUGAUAGAGUCGGUAGGGGAUUACCAUGCGUGUGCAAGAUUAGCUGGAGCUCCACCGCCACCAAAACAUGCCAUCAACAGGGGUAUUGGGAUUGAGGGAAUAGGCUGCCUGCUGGCCGGAGCAUGGGGAACUGGAAACGGAACCACUUCUUACAGUGAGAAUGUUGGAGCCCUUGGUAUCACAAAGGUUGGGAGCCGAGUGGUCAUAGUGGCCAGUGGGUUGUUUAUGGUUGCCAUGGGGAUACUUGGUAAAAUGGGUGCUAUAUUUACAACCAUCCCCUCACCUGUGAUUGGAGGCAUGUUCAUGGUCAUGUUUGGUGUCAUUUGUGCAGCAGGAGUUUCUAAUUUACAGUAUGCAGACAUGAAUUCAUCCAGAAAUAUUUUCAUUUUUGGAUUCUCCAUGUUUUCUGGUAUGGUCAUUCCUAACUGGAUAUUAAAGAACCCCAAAGCUAUUGCUACAGGGGUGGUGGAGUUUGACCAGAUGCUGCAGGUACUUCUGACAACCAGCAUGUUUGUUGGAGGUUUCUUCGGCUUCAUACUAGACAACACCAUUCCAGGAUCCAAGGGGGAGCGUGGCAUCCUGGCCUGGAACAAGGCUCAUAAAGACGACUCCUGUGAAACCCUGGAGACUGGAGAAGUGUACAACCUCCCCUUUGGCAUAACCUCUUACUUGUCCUCCUUCACCUGGCUGCGGUACAUACCUUUCUGCCCUCCUGGCAUGUCCAGCUCCCUGGAUCCUAAACAUCCACUGGGAACUCCAGAUCCUGGACAGAUCAUGAUUGGAGUUGGUUUGUGAGCAAUGUUUUCCUGUCAAGGUGCCAUAAUUUGGUAUUUUACAAACACAUUACCAUCAGAGGCCGCUCAGAUUAUGUCACAUCCCAGAGAGUGCAGAGUAUUUGAAGGAAUAACAAAUUAUAAUAAUAAAUCACCUUUCAUUUCACUUCCUAUUUAGACUGUUAAUUGAUUUUUAAGUGACAUUAAAUGGUGUAUUCAAAACAGAAAAAAAUGAACAUUUCAUCUCUGCCAUUUCUUAGAAAUAAAAUAGCAACUGUAGAGCUAAGAUACUUUGACUGGACAAUGGCUAGAAAUAGGCAACAGUGAAUGUGAUUAAGCUGAUUUAAGUAUUUUCUGAUUAAUCAACAGGGCUCUGAGUACCGUCGACUGGAAGUCUUGAUGUUUUAUACAGAGCAUCCAGAAAGUAUUCACAGUCCUGCACUUCUCCCACAUUUAAUUAUCUUCUAACCUUUUUCCAAAUGGUUUGAAAAUAAUCUCUAUCCUCAAAAUUCUACACAUAAUACCCCAUUAAGACAAUGGGAAAGACGUUAGAGAUUAUUUCAAAUUUAUUAUAGAAAACUAAAAAAUAACAUUGACAAAUGUAUUCACAGCCUUUGCCUUGAAGCUCAAAACUGAGCUAUGUCCAUACUGUUUCCACUGAUGAUCUUUGAGAUGUUUCUACAGCUUAAAUGGAGUCCGCUGUCCGCUUUGGUAAAUUCAGUUGAUUGGACAUGACUAAGAAAGACACACACCUGUCUGUCUAAGAUCCCACCGUUGACAUAGGAUUUCAGAAUGUAAACACCAAGCAUGAAGUCAAAGGAAUUGUCUGUAGACCUCAGAGACUUGAGGCACAGACCUGGGGAAGGAUACAGAGCAAUAUCUGCUGCUUUGAAGGUCCCAAAGAGCACAUUGACCUCCAUCAUUUGUAAACGGAAGACGUUUGGAACCACCAGGACUCUUUGGCCGGCUGUCUAAACUGAGCGAUUGGGGAAGAAGGGCCUUGGUCAGGUGACCAAGAACCCCAUGGUCACUAUGUCAGAGCUCCAGCGGUCCCCUGUGGAGAGAGAGGAACCUUCAAGAAGGACAAUCAACCAAUCAGGCCUGUAUGAUAGAUUGGCCAGAGUGGAUGAAAAGCUACUCCUUAAUAAAAGGCACAUGGCAGAUCGUCUGGAGUUUGCCAAAAGACACCUGAAGGUCUCUCAGACCAUGAGAUCAAAAUUCUCUGGUCUAAUAAGAAAAAGAUUGAACUGUUUGGUGUAAAUGACAGGUGACAUGUUUGGAGGAAACCAGGCACCAGUCCUAUACCAUCCCUACAGUGAAGCAUGAUGGUGGCAGCAUCAUGCUAUGGGGAGGUUUUUCAGCAGCAGGAACUGGUAGACUAGUCAGGGUGGAGGGGAAAAUUAAUGCAGCAAUGUACAGAGACAUCCUGCAUGAAAACCUGCUUCAGAGUGCUGUUCACCUCAAACUAGGGCGGCAGAUCAUUUUUCAGCAGGACAACAACCCAAAGUGUACAGGCAAGAUGUCAAAGGAGUGGCUUCAGAACCACUCUGUGAAUGUCAUGGAGUGCCAAGCCAGAGUCCAGACUUGAACCCGAUAGAACAUCUCUGGAGAGAUCUGAAAAUGGCUGAGGACAGACGUCUAAAGAUAGAUGUGCUGAGCGUGUGGCAUCAUAUUCAAAAAGAUUUGAGGCUGUAAUUGCUGCCAAAUGUGGAUCAACAUAGUAUUAAGCAAUGGCUGUGAAUACUUAUGUAAAUGUGAUUUCUUAGUUUCUAUUUGUAAUAAAUUUGAAGCAAUGGCAAACAAACUUCUUUCACAUUUUCAUAAUGGGGUAUUGUGUGUAGAACCUUGAGGAAAGAGAUUAAUUUCAUGCUUUUUGGAAUAAGGCUGGAACCUAACUAAGUGUGGAAAAAGUGCAGCGCUGUGAAUACUUUACGGAUGCCCUGUGUGCGUAUUGUUUCAUGCAGGCUACAUGAACACAACUAAAGUGGAAUUUAUAAAAUACAUAUUUGGGAGGAUUUGUAAAACAUAACUGCUGCCAUGCAGAGGUGACAAAUGUUAUUAUUGUAACCCUCUAAAAGUGAACAACAACUUGAAUUCAUAGAAGGGUGAAACGUGUAAAAAAUCUCACAAUUCUCCUGAAAUGUUUAAUUUAAAACAUCCCUUGGUUAAAAAUGUCUCAUACAUUGAUGUGUCUAAAGCAGUGGGCCUUUGAAAGUUAUUUCCGAGAUAACUUAUUUAAUUUAAUUAUGAUGGACCCUAAAUAACAAGAGAUAAAAAAUAAUCCAACGUAGAAUGCUUUUUAACAUGUGGGGAUUUACAUUUUCACAUUCAUAUCUGCAUAUUCCGUUCACUCAAUGAUGUUUUGGUUUAAAUUGUACUGUCUCUCAUUUCUUCGGUCUUAGAUGUCAGUUACAUGCUGGUGCUAGUAAAUCAAAUAUUCAAUGUAAAUAUUGUGUAAAUAUGGGAUUUCAGAGCUGAAUCACCUUCAUUUCUAAUUCUGAUUUCUUUCAGUUACAACAGUUAAUUUGAUCAUUUUAUUGGAUUUUUUAAAAACUGAUCUACAUUAAACGUAAAUAUGGAACCUGAAA